UGUUUGGAUGCAUGCACUCUCUUAUCGUUGCAUUGUGAGCGUAGUCGCACGUUUAGAUAGUUAAUAAUUUAUAAACAGAAAUGAUAUUAAUUUUAAUAACUAAUUUAUUGAUACUUAGUGCUGUAGUAUAUGGUGCGCCAAAGAAGAAAACAUAUUCUGAAUUAAAGUCAUGUGACCUAGGUAACUUGGCUGAAGAGAUUGCCUCAUAUGACACAGUUGUGAAGGACAUAAUAGAUUACGCCGUCACUGGACCCUUCAAAGGGAAGACCUACGAUGAAUUGGCUAAAUUUGUGGAUAAGUUUGGAGCCCGUCCGUCAGGGUCUCAAGUUCUGGAGGACUCGAUCGACUAUAUGAUAGAACUUACUCGUGAGGAAGAUAUAAAUGAUAUAGUAACAGAAGAAGUGAAGGUACCUCACUGGUCCAGAGGAGAAGAGAAACUAACAAUGCUGGAACCAAGAGUAAAAAACAUUGCUAUACUGGGACUAGGAAUGAGUGUACCCACACCACCUGAAGGAAUAACAGCGGAAGUGAUUAUUAUACGAAACUUUACUGAAUUAGAAAAUAUUGAAGAAGAUACUAUUAAAGGAAAAAUCGUCUUGUAUGACCCUGUAUUUACGACUUACGGCAAAACUGUAAAAUAUAGAUCUCAAGGUGCAACAAAAGCAGCAGCAAAGGGCGCUGUUGCGUCUCUGGUUCGCUCUAUUGCUCCCUUUUCUAUUAAUUCGCCACAUACUGGUAUGCAAACGUACGGAAAAAAUGUUACGAAAAUCCCAACUGCUGCAAUAACACUCGAAGAUGCUGAUUUAAUAAGGAGAAUUAUUACAAGAGGAGAAAAGGUGAUUUUGAAACUGGAAAUGACGUCGACUUAUGAUGAUAAAAUUUCAAGAAAUACUAUUAUUGAUUUAAAAGGUCGCGAUAGACCUGAUAGCCUUGUCAUAGUUUCGGGACAUAUUGACAGUUGGGAUGUUGGUCAGGGUGCUAUGGAUGAUGGGGGUGGUUUAUUCAUAAGUUGGGCUGCUCCAGUAAUUCUAAAACGUUUAAGUUUACGCCCAAAAAGGACUAUAAGAUCAAUAUUUUGGACUGCAGAAGAAUUGGGAUUAGUAGGUGCUAAGGCGUAUGAAGAACAACAUAGAAAUGACAGUUAUAAUAUUAAUUUCAUAAUGGAAUCGGAUGAAGGUACAUUUGCACCACUCGGUUUGGCAGUAGCCGGUAAUCAAGAAGCACGUUGCAUUAUUGCUGAAAUUCUAAAGUUAUUUGAAUCUAUUAGUGCUUCAACUUUAAUAGAAGAUGAUAGCCCAGGUUCUGAUAUAACUCUCAUAACAAGCAUAGGAGUUCCAGGAGCUAGUUUAUAUAAUGAAAACUCAGAAUAUUUUUGGUAUCACCAUACUGAAGGAGACACUAUGAAUGUUCUAGAUGAACAUGAACUCGAUUUAGGAACUGCAUUCUGGACUGCAGUUGCAUAUAUAAUUGCGGAUAUUUCAGUCGAUAUACCUCGAUGAACAUUCUAAUUAUUAUCAUUCAUUGAUAAACAAUGUAUAAAUAACAUAGUUAGUGAUUUAAAUUUUGAAUUUAAUUGGUUUAAAAAUUGUUAGUUGUAAAUAAUAUAUACUCCCUUAUAUAAUUUUGGAAAUGUUUCCUUUAAACAUUUUUCAGAGCGAACUAAGUUUUCAUAUAAUGCCUAUUAAAUAACGGGAUAAAAGUAAUCAAUAUUCUUUCUAUUAGUAUAAUCGUAAUAUUGUACACCACUUAGAAUGUGCUUUUUAGAGCAUAUGGUACCCACAUAAAUGUAGCAUAAAUCUUUUACAUCUCUAUAGUUUUUUCAAUAAAUCGCUCAAGAAUCCCUAUCAAAUAUCGUUUGGUUACAUGAAUAUAGACAUUUUCGGCAGCUGACAAUCUUUCACUUGGUUGAUAAGAUAUGUGUGUUGUUGUAAUGUAAGUGAAAAACGAUAUUGUUUCAUCUUAGUUUACGGAAAAGUAGCACUAAUGAAUAUCUGUUAUAUUUGCGCUACGGGAAUACUUUUGAUUCUCAGUUUUAGUCAGGCAAAUUUAAUAAAAAAGGAUUCAGAUAUAUGUAGACAAAUAUUAGGAGAUUAACUUAUACAAGAAAUUGUUUCUUAUGAAAAUAAGUUAUAAAUAUUGGAAUAUGUUAUAGAAGGUGAUUUUAAAGGAAAAACAUAUGCCGAGUAAGUAAUUAAAGUAUAUUUAUUGUAUGUUAGCGAUAUCCUAUAGUCUCAAUCUUAUUAGAAAAUUAUGUAUUGUUUUCUUAUUAUUAUUUCCAGAUUAAUUUUAUACUAAUAUAUACAUAUUACUGACUCGAUGGCAUAUUUUUUGUAUUCCAAUUUAAUUAUAUAUUUUUCGUUUGGUUAAGGUAAAUAAAGUAAAUAGUAAAGGCUUUAUGUUAAUAGAACAUUAUUCAUUUUAAUAUGACAAACGUUAAAUGUACCAAUAUGAGUUCGAAGUCGACAUUAGAUUUAUGUUGCAAUUAUACAGAUAGUUAUAUAUUAGUAUUUUCUGGGUUACUGGGAAAUAAUAAUUCACUCAAAUUUUAUUAUUUUAGACUACCUAAGUUUGUAGAUAAGUUUGUUGCCCGGCCAUCUGGAACGUUCUUGAGAAUUCUAUACACUAUAUGAUUGAAAAAAAAAAAUAACACGUGCGGAAGAUAUAAAUGAUAUUGUAACAGAGGAGAUAGAUGUAAGUUCCUAUUAUUAUCUUGAUAAAGCAGGCUAAUAU